UGACAGGAAGUGUGUGAGGCGGAUUCACUACCACAGCCUCUCCUGCUAGUUUAGGCUGACAAACGGCGGAUUUGUCUUUCUUUCGCCACCUCGGAGGUAUGUGGACUUGAAUUAUGCGUUUAAAGACCGACCCGGGGCAAAGAUGCAAUGGAGGUCGAUAGUAGUUGGCCUGGUCGUGUUGAGACUCUCCCUCAGCUGUGUGUUGUGGUUAGCCUUCGGACUGGGACCUAACGUUAGCUGGGGCUUCAACUUCCACCUCAGUUUCAAUUUGCACAAAUUAGACCUGUUGUUCAGGGAGGAGAAAGGGACCGACCCGAGCGGAACCUCCUGGUCCCAGCGAAUACAAGCUCAAAAAUAUGAAGAGACGGCGAGCACCUGUGCGAAGGCUGGAGAGGAGUCAGCCAGGGGUUCCUACCUGAGCUUCUUCGACGGCAACAAGGACGAGUACGUCCGGAGAUACAGCUCCUUCCCGGACACGCUGAAAGCAAAGAUGAAAGACAUGGCCAAAGAAAUGUUCUAUUUCGGAUAUGACAAUUAUAUGAAAUAUGCCUUUCCCGAGGACGAGCUGAAUCCCAUUGACUGUGAAGGGAGAGGUCCAGACGUGCUAAACCCGUCGAACAUCAACAUAAAUGAUGUCUUGGGGAACUACUCACUCACACUUAUUGACACCUUAGACACCCUGUUGGUGCUCGGCAAUGUGACAGAGUUCCAGAGAGCCGUCAAACUGGUUAUAGAUACUGUAUCUUUUGACAAAGACUCAACUGUCCAAGUGUUUGAGGCAAACAUCAGGAUAUUGGGAAGCCUGAUCUCAGCACAUAUUCUGCUGACUGACCCAAAACAUCCAUUUGGCAAGGUGGGCUUUGAAGGUUACGAUAAUGAGCUGCUGCAUUUGGCUCAUGACCUGGCUGUCCGUUUGCUGCCAGCCUUUGAGAACACCAGCACAGGCAUCCCUUACCCCAGAGUGAACCUGAAGAGUGGGGUUCCUCCUGACAGCAUCAAUGAGACGUGUACUGCAGGCGCUGGGUCACUGCUGGUGGAAUUUGGGAUUUUGAGCCGCUUGAUUGGAGAUUCCACAUUUGAGUGGGUAGCCAGACGAGCAGUCAGAGCUCUGUGGAACCUGAGGAGCAAUGAAACCGGUCUGCUGGGGAAUGUGGUUAACAUCCAAACAGGCCAGUGGGUUGGCAAGCAGAGCGGCCUCGGAGCUGGUAUGGACUCCUUCUAUGAGUAUUUGCUGAAAUCAUACAUCCUUUUUGGUGAAAAAGAGGACUACUGGAUGUUUCAAGCUGCUUAUGAGAGCAUUCAGAACCACCUGAGAAGAGGGAGAGAGUCAUGCAAUGAAGGAGAGGGUGACCCACCUCUCUAUGUUAAUGUGAACAUGUUCAGCGGUGAGAUAAUGAACACCUGGAUCGAUUCCCUUCAGGCCUUCUUUCCUGGGCUGCAGGUGCUGAAUGGUGAUGUGGAUAAUGCCAUUUGCCUGCACGCUUUCUACUAUGCCAUCUGGAAGCGCUUCGGGGCUUUGCCGGAGAGAUACAACUGGCAGCUGCAGGCUCCUGAUGUGCUCUUUUACCCUUUAAGGCCGGAGCUGGUGGAGUCGACUUACCUGCUGUACCAGGCGACCAAAAAUCCUUUCUAUUUGCAUGUUGGAAUGGAUAUUCUUCAGAGCCUUGAGAAAAAUGCCAAAGUCAGAUGUGGGUAUGCAACUCUGCACCACGUCGUGGACAAAUCCAAAGAGGAUCGGAUGGAAAGCUUUUUCCUGAGUGAGACCUGCAAAUACCUUUACCUGCUGUUUGAUGAGGACAACCCCCUUCACAAAUCCGAUAACAAGUACAUCUUCACCACAGAGGGCCACGUCGUGCCCAUAGACAAGCGCUUCAGGGAGAAACAGUGGAAUGACUUGUUUCCAUGUGAGGAGGGAGCGCUGGCAGAAAGAGAGCCACACAGCCAGCCAGCUCCAAGCAACAUCAGCAAUUGUAACAGGAUCCCAGAGGAGCGACGGUACGCUCUGCCAUUGAAGAGCGUCUACAUGAGGCAGAUCGAUCAUAUGGUGGGGCUUUUUUGAGCGAGUGAAUGAUGUGGUGACAUUUGCAUGAACAGGCCUUAGAAGACAUCCACUGUUGGUCAGAAUCCUCAUCACAUCUGUUCUGCUGCUCAGGAACCGGACAGCAAACUGACACUAAAGGAAUCCUGAGAAAGCUGUUUGAUUUCUUGCUGUAUUAAAUUAAGUUUGCGUCAGUGUUUUUGCUGUUUGAUGGGUGAGGAUUUCAUAUGAGGAGUCAUCCUUUAUUAUUUCUUUUUGGCUGGUGACUAAUGGAGAUUCUUUAAGUGGUUUUAGAAUAACCGGUGUGUUUUAGUGGAGCAAAAAAUUGUCUGUUCAGGUUGGAGUGCAUGUGCGAUUGUGUGCGUGUUUGUGUAUUUUGAAUCACAGCUGAGCUGUGAAUCAUAUUAUUUUUAUGGGAACAGUGCCAUCUAGCCACACAUAUGUAAAACGUAUAGCCUAUAAAAAUACUCACCUCUAAAAACAUCUCUCUGAACAAGAUGAUUAGUGCCUCUUUGCAGUUGAUUCACUCGACUAGAUCAGUGCUUUCACAUAAGGGCUUCACAUUACCAGAUAAUAACAGGCGAUGACUUAUGCACAUACUGUAAAACCCUGUUUCCUGUGAGGUUGUAACAAGUUUUAGAUUGUGCCUGAAGGAACACUGUUCAUCUUUUGUACAUCUGAGGCAGGUUUUCAAAAUUGUUCAAACAGUUGUCACGUCUCUAUCUUUGACUCUAAAUCAUUUGUUUUCUUUUUCAUAAAGAGCAAUAUUGCAAAGACUUUAAAUUGGCUUCUAUUCUGGUUUUGUUUUGCACAUUUGUCAAGUAGAAACCUCAGCAAAGGCUAUUUUCUACCCAGGGAGUAACAAACAACAUAAAGGUAAACUGCUUCCUGCCUGUUUGGUAUGAAAAUGUUUCUGAUAAUACUGAAGAAAACAGAAGCAUUGAUCAGUCAGGCUCGUAGUUACUCGAUGUCUUACUGUGGGGACAUAGAUGUGCCAUGAUGGAAUGAGAGAGAGGUUCGUGAUGACUCUUUAAAGUGCCUUCAACUUGUAUAGGUUUUUCUGGAUGCUGUACAGUGAAUACUAGUUAUGGAUAACAUGUUUGAAUAUGUUCUGAGGCCACUGUUAUUGCACAGAAAGUGUCAUUCCAUGUGUAUGUACAGUUUUACACUGAUUAUGACAUUAAGCUCCUCUUUAGACAUGACAAAACAAGCCAUAAAAUGUUUUUUUUUUUUUUUUAAGAUUUAAAAAGUGAAAAUGUUAUUGUUUUUCUGUCAGGCAUAUUGCUACACCGCUUCUCCUGCAUAGUUUCAGGUUCUUGUUUAGAUUCGACAAAAAUUGUCAUUUGCUGUUUCUCUUAAGUGCACAUCAUACCUGUUGAUUGUCAUAUGGUGAGAACUCAGGGUUUAAAAGAAACAAAAAUCAAUGAAUGCUUUCAUAAAAAAAUCUUUCUUGAAAUGUUGUUGCCUACAAUGUCUUAGGAUAGCCUUAGGUAUUUAUAUUGCAAAUGUUACAACUUGGUGGUCUGAGGUCAAAGAAUAGCUACACUGAAGUCCAGUUGUACUGUGAUUAUUCACUUUUGUUCCUUACACAGGCAGAAAAAAUGUGAAGUUUGAUUCAUGUACAGCUCUGCUGAGGUGUAUUUUCUGGCUGGUUAAUUUUUUUGCCGGACAUUCUGACUGUGCAUUGGCUGUACUGGCUGUGUUACUCAUUUACGUCUGAACAUAAGUAUCUUUGGUUUUGGGAGACAUCUGUUCAUUUUCUCUAGUGUUGUUUAAACUGCCUCAGCUCAUAUCAGUGACAUUACCUGAAUCACUUCUCAAAUUAUCUUUAAAGGAACAGUUUGAGAUUCUGGGAAAUGAUGUUUAUUCACUUCCUUGCAAAGAGUUAAUUGCAAAGAUUGAUAUCACUUGAUGGCCUGGGCGAUACUUGCAUGCAGAAUGCAAGCUGUGUUGCAAACUUUUGCUGCACAGAAGUUGCUGCUAACUGCUCUCACAUGCUCAUUCAUGGAUCUUGAAAAUACGGUGUUUUGAUUAGUAAACUGUCAAAAUGAGUUUCUGCCACUUCCAGCAGCCACUUACCUUAGGUUAGGCCAAAGACUGAAAACAGGGAACAGUUUGCUUGGCUCUGAUCAUGUAAACAAAUUACAUUUGCAAGCACUAUGAAGUUCACUGUUCAAAUCACAUUUUGUUUAAUCUGUACAAAAAACAAUCUAUUAACAUUGCAUUGUGGUUGAACAAAACUGAACAAGACAUAACAUGACAGCUUGUGAAAUUUAGAGGUGCAAAUAGCUGAUUUUUGAUAGUUUGUUCAGAGCUGUUUCCACUCUUUGUGCUUAACUAAGGUAUCCAGCAUCACAUUCAUCGUGCAGACACACGAGUUGUAUUGGUCUGAUCAUCAAACUCUGCAAGAUUUCUCAAAAUGCUGAACUGUUCCUUUAAUCGGUAUGAAAAACUAAAUGUGUUCCAUCCUAAACAUUUCAGGUUUCGAUGCUUUAAAGGAACCUGGAAUAUUCUGUGAAUCAAUAAAUGACAGAUUAUGAACAAGA